AUGGAUUUAGUGACGACGAAUUCUGAGUUGAUCCAAGCUACCAAUCAAAAAGUUUGUGUGGAGUUGAAAAAUGAGGAGAGUGCAAUUGAACGUUCCCAUCGAUGUUCAGAUCGAACACUUGCUGUGCUCAGAAAAUGGGGACAGAUUCCAGAAAAUGGAUUACCAGAAGUAGUGAUUCGUCGCUUUUUAACCGAAAUGGCGUGUUGUGAUACAAAUAAUCGGUAUGACAGGAUUUUCAGUUUAUCACAUGGUAUGGGACGUUCUGGUAAUCUCAUCGAUCAGCAACCCAAAGCAAUCGGCUCAUCAAUGCUGGCAAGAAUUGCCAACUCGCUAGCUUUAGACGCUAUUCGUUUUCUUGGCAUUCCGAGCACUCGUUCAGCCAUCGUAUUUCCGGUUGCGACCGGCAUGAGUCUAGCAUUUUGCCUUUCUGCUUGGCGAUCUUCAAAACCACAGGCACGAUGCGUAGUCUUCUUGCGAAUUGAUCAACUCUCAUGCAUCAAAUCGAUUUUCACUGCAGGUUAUGAGCCCAUUGUGAUCGAUUGCAUUCGUGGUGUUGAAGACGAUGAUUUGUUAUCAACAGAUUUGGAGAGACUGUCCGACAUCCUGAGGGAUAAACACGAUAAGAUAUUAGCCGUUAUCAGUACGACGUCAUGUUUUGCACCUCGUGGACCCGAUGAUUUGGUGGCCGUUGGGCAGCUUUGUUCGCGUUACGGUGUGAGACAUUUGGUGAAUAAUGCCUAUGGUUUGCAGUCUCUGGAAUGUCGACAGCGUAUUCAAACUGCUGGUGAAGAAGGGCACAUAGACGCUUUUGUGCAGUCCUUAGACAAGAACUUCUUGGUGCCUGUUGGAGGCUCAGUAAUUGCUGGAUUCAGUGAAGAUACAAUUCAAUCGAUCGCUGAAUUCUACCCAGGUCGUGCUUCGUUGGUACCUUCACGCGAUCUGCUCAUCACAUUAUUACAGUUAGGACGAGUUGAACUGCAACGAAUCUACACACAACAAUCUGAACGAUUCAAAAUACUUUGCGAAGAAUCUCAUAAACUGACGUUGGAAAUCGGCGAAACCGUAUUGAAAACGAGCACAAAUUUGACAUCAAUUGCCAUAACUUUGAAUGGUCUUCCUCCGAAGAAGCGAUCCUUAUUUGGUUCGAUUCUGUUUGAUCGUGGUAUCACUGGUGCGAGGGUCGUUUGUCCGGGAGCGAGAAAAACCGUUUUUGGUCAUACGUUUGUUAAUUAUGGUACGCACUGGUCGUCAGAUGCCGAGCAGUUGGCGUAUCUCAACGUGGCAUGUGCCAUAGGAAUGAGUGAUUAUGAAGUGCAUACACUCAUCGAAACGAUACGGAAGGAGUAUGAGCACUUGCGGAAGGAAUGCUCUGGUAACACUGAAUGA